AUGAAAUUGAUCAUCCGGCACCCAUGCUAUGCCUCUGCCGAUCUCGAGACGGAUCUCCGGCCAAAGAUUCAGUAUUUGCUUUCUAUCGGGAUCGAAAGGGCUGAUUUGCCUGAAAUCCUGCCCACGAACAAGGCGAUCCUGUCGAAGGACGCAAACCACAUCGUCCCAACGUUCGAUUUCGUGAAACAGAGCCUGACAUCGCACAAGGAUCUUGUCGACGCGAUCAGGUUCUCGGGGUGGUUGCUGGGUCGCAAUGUCAGUAAUUACAUGGUGCUGAAUAUGAUCAUGAUGCGGGCGCACGGGGUGCCCGAGCGGCUCAUCAGGAGGCUGAUGUCCUUGAGGCCCUCUACUCUGAUGGUGAAGCCCGACCGGUUCGAGGAAGCGGUUAAGCAGAGCCUGACAUCGCACAAGGAUCUUGUCGACGCGAUCAGGUUUUUGGGGUGGUUGCUGGGUCGCAAUGUCAGUAAGUACAUGGUGCCGAAUAUGAUCAUGCUGCGGGCACACAGGGUGCCCGACCGGCUCUUCAGGAGGCUGAUGUCCUUGAGGCCCUCUAGUCUGAUGGUGAAGCCCGACUGGCUGGUUAAGCAGGAGGAGGAGUUGGGGUUCAAGCCCUGGAGAGUGACAUUCCUCCUCAGCGUCAAUGCGAUCGCAAUGACGAGGAAGAAGACCUGGGACAGCAAGAGAGAGCUGUGUUUGAGGCUCGGGUGGUCCAAGGACGAGUUCUUCUUGGCAUUCAGGCUGCAGCCCAUGAUGAUGCUAUGCUCAGAGGCGAAGAUUACGAAGAUGAUGGAGUUCUUCGGGAGCAUGCUCGGGCUGGAGCCGUCGAUGACCACCAAGUGUCCCAACCUCUUCCUGACCAGCCUCAGGGAGAGAAUCAUCGCGAGAUGCUUCGUAUUGCAGGUCCUGAUGUCGAAUGGGCUGAUCGAGAAGCCCAGUAGGACGGUAAUCACUGCACCGAACGCGAGCAAGAUGAAUUUCAUUGAGAGGUAUUAUGCUCCAUUUCAAGUGGUUUGCCUGAUGUAGUGAAGGCUUAUGAAAGCAAGGUGAAAUUUAGAGGAUUUACCGAUAAGCUCUCGUGACAAGCCGUUUCCAUUGAAGUUAUACGAGCUCUGAGAUGACUGAUGAGAUUGUAGAUGUUCGGGAGCAAUUGUGUAGCUAGAUAGAUGCUUUGAUCAAUAAAUUCCGAGUCCGUCUUGCUCUAACCUUUAGCUAGCAAUAACGAUGCCAGAACUUCAGAUCAAUCAUUCGUCAGUCGAUGGUAGAGAGAAUCGGGUCAGCGUUGGUAAAUCUUGAAGGUAGGUUGGUGUUCAUAUGUACAUUCGAGUAUUGGCAUUCUGUGGCAUCUCUCAUUUGUCGAGGGACCGUAUUUUGCUGCAAGUGCCAUGGUCAUUUGCUUUCGUCGGAAUCGCUCAGCCUUCUUUGUACACGUUCAUUUUUCACGCGCAUUAUCUUCAGCGGAACUGCAAUAACAUCGGUAUGUUCUCCCCAGAAAACAAAACAGGCAGAGACAUGUCCAUUCCAUGUGGCGGGAAAGCCGUGAAGCAUACCAAACGGGGAAAAUCAGUCCUUUUCUGGGU